UUGGGUCAGUACAACGUUGUGAAAACAGUCUAUCUUCAUGCUUCGUGCAACUGCUAUCGACAAGGGGGAAUCACAAAAUGAAGCAUUCAGUCAUUCUGAAGGUCUUUCUCCUCUCGGUACUCACCAUCUUCACAUUUCACCUGACACAGAGCGAUACAGCUGUAAUACACUGUCCUGACAUAGCCUACUUGGGGACGUCUGCCCAAAUUACCUGUUCCACGCCUGGCAACUUCACUAAUACCAUUUACUACUGCCCAUGCGGAGUUGCACCACAGUGUCAGGUUUCAGGCUGCACCAAAGUAUCAGGAUAUAAUGCUUGCAUCAUCAACCAAACACAGACUGAAAUCACGAUAAUCAGUGUACAGCCAAAACAUGCAGGGAACUGGUCAUGUACUGAUGGAGGUGAUGUGGGAACAAGGUUUUGUCAUCUUGUCGUCGCAAAGAUUCCCUCGGUCAACAUAACCAGUGAUGUGGAUGCUGAUUCAGUGAAUCUGGGUGACAGAAUAUCCCUCACAGUGGACAUUCAAGACUACCACUGCUCUGACGCUUACAGCUUAACACUACAGAUCGGGAGUGCCACCUAUACAUGUGAGACUGGGAGGAACGCUACUGUCGAAAACCUGACCCAAACUGUACCCAUCAAUGUAACACAAGAACACUUCGGGGGCGUGAAGCUUGUGUUUGUCUGUGGUAAUCACCAGUGGAAUAUUACCCCUGAAGGUGUAAACGAGCUACAGCAGAACAGAACUAAUGUACCAACCACUCUCUCCGUAGGAGCUCCGACAACAGCCAUCCCUUCAAAGGGUGUUUCAGCUCUAUUGAUAGUUGCAGCAGGAGUUACUUCGGCAGUCGUCGUCAUCCUAAUUAUCACCAUCGCCUGCUGCUGUUGCUGUUGUAGAAAAAAGGUAAAUCCAGCUGAACCACGUCAAUCCAGUCUUCCCUCUGAGUCAAAUACGGCUUAUUCCGAAGCGGGUAUAAGUUUUCAGGACGUUUGUAAAAGCAACGGCAUGAACGGCAGUUCAGAGAGCUGCGCCACCCAGUGUUCGGUCAUGACACUCAGAGAUACUAAAGAUCUGCAUGACAGCAUGGGGAACGGGGGAUCUAUAUACGACAGAUUAUACAUGAACUAGCCAGACUGUCAACCACUGCCAAUAAAACCAAGCAGAACGUAACCGUACCACUGUUUAGCGAUGCACAGAGCAGUAACGUUGGGGUUAUACAAUAAUUAUGAUUGAUCAAACGCAGCAAAUUAAAUCUUAUUUUGAAGAUAGAUGUAACAUGUUCAUAACAAGCUGGUUUUUGCUGGUUGUGGCUCAUGCAUGUAUUCAACAAGAGAAGGUACCCUAGUAGUGCAGAAGAGGGGUUAACAUAAUACGUCAAUGAUUGCUGUUCAUUCUCAUUGAAAUCUGCACGUGUGAUUUCGUUUUCCUUUUUGUGGAAACAGGUAGUUGGAGUCAGGAUUGCAAGCAAGCAUGUUAUAGCUCUUUCUUAUCUCAUUCGCAACCAAAAAUAAUUGUACAUCCCCUAUCAUUUAUUCACUCACCAAUUGUUUUUUAUUUUUCAAAGUCGCUUGCAAUGGAUACAUUAUGUUGUUGUUUUUAUGUUGAUAACUUUCUUUUCAUUAUUGUUGUUUUGUUUGUAUCAUUAUUGAUGUGUAUUAGUGUAUUUCAUAUGUUUAACGUGGUUUUGUGGUUUAACGCCUCACACAGCAAUGUAUCAGCUUUAUCAUGGUGGUGUGUAAAUAAUCGAGGCUGGACAGGAAAAUCCAGCGACUGACAUCAUUAGCAUGGAUUUAUGCAAAUCGGGAUACGAUUACAUGCAUCAACAAAGUCAGCCAGGAUGACCACCCGACCCUGUUACAUAUUCAUGUGCCAUUGAAACAGGUGUAAGUGAUAAUGGCUUCAAUAAACAAACAUAAAUGUUGAAAUAAUAUAGAUUAAUAUGAUUAACACUAAGGUGGUCAUGCAAUGGACCAUGUAAAUUUAAUGACUCAGUUAAUAGCAUAUAUCUAUACCUAACUGGGAUGUUGUAUUUUUGGAAAGUGUUAUUCGAAUGAGUUUUAACGGCAAGCUACGGUCUGGUAAUGGUUUUCCAAUUGGUUACUGAUACCACACAUAUGUUUGGUAUGAUAAAUUUGCGAACUGCAAUUGUUAGCUACUGUCAUUGACACAAUAAUUAUGCAUUUCUAUUUCCGUUC